UAGUACGCUCACCAAGAUGUAAUGGCGGCGAAGAAGCUAGAUCCAGACAAAAGUCUUCCUUGGGGCUUGUCCCCAGAAGGGUUAGCUCCUGGAUCGAUGAAGACGAUCUCACAGAGCAAGUUGAAGUCUUUUUCUAUCGGCAUGAUGAACGCUGGACUGAAGAAACCCGUUAAAUCAAAGCAGGAUGCUGAGGAGAAGAAAAAGAAAGCAGAAUCAGAGUGUGCAGAAGUGUUUGCAGAUUUUGUGGCAUCAUUUGAAGAUUCCCGAGUGGCUGGUAAAACUUUUGUACGUGGUAACACGAUCAACCCUGAAACAAAAGAGGAAACUGCUUCAGCGCAAGCUGGAGCAUUGUACAAGCCAAUGGCAAAGCUGUCUGCUACUGUUAUGGAACAGAAAAUUAAGACUGAACUGGCUCCACCCAAGUUGGAAUUAAAGAAAAAAGCCAAAGAGAAGGAAAAGAAGAAGAGUAACUUAGAAAUCUUUAAAGAAGAAUUAAAAAGACAACAGAAGGAGCGAGAGAUAAGGCACAGGAUCAAGAAAGGAGAUUUAGCAGAUAUUCCUAAAGAGGUUCUAGAAACAAUGGCACCCUCACUUCUUAUGCCUUCAAAGGAGGAAAGCUAUUCUUAUGGUUCACAUGAUACUGGGGAUCCUUCCACCACAAACCUGUACAUUGGAAAUAUCAAUCCAACAAUGACAGAAGAGAUGUUAAUGCGACUCUUUGGCAAGUACGGACCCCUGGCCAGUGUAAAAAUAAUGUGGCCCAGGACUGAAGAAGAAAAAGCCAGGAACAGAAACUGUGGGUUCGUUGCCUACAUGAGGAGGAAGGAUGGUGAAAAAGCUCUGAAUGCAUUGAAAGGAAAAGAGGUCAUGUCAUAUGAGAUGAAGCUUGGGUGGGGCAAAAGUGUCCCCAUACCACCCCACCCUAUCUAUAUUCCCCCUGAAAUGCAAGAGGACACGACGCCACCUCCCCCGUCAGGCUUGCCAUUUAAUGCCCAAACUGACAAAAAGAAGGACGACUAUUCCAAUGCUCCUCCCCCACAGGGAGCAGGCGAGGAAGGCAAACGUGAUGUUGAUGCAAAUGGCUUUGAUAAGGAGACCUUAGCCAAUGCGGUCGUGAAAGUUGUAAUCCCGACGGAAAGGAAUCUGCUGUGCCUUGUUCACCGUAUGGUUGAGUUUGUGGUGCGUGAGGGACCAAUGUUUGAGGCCAUGAUUAUGAACAAGGAAUUGAAUAACCCUAUGUACAGGUUCUUGUUUGACAACCAGAGCCCAGAACACAUCUAUUAUCGCUGGAAGUUGUUUUCCAUCCUCCAGGGUGAUUCACCAACAAAGUGGCGGACAGAAAAAUUCAAAAUGUUCCAAAAUGGUUCAGUGUGGAGACCUCCUCAGUGUCAUCAGUACACCAUGAGUGCUGCAGCUUUUAACGCCAAUAAACAACCUGUACCUCAAGUGGAGACACCCCUAGCACCACCGUCACAGCCAACAACAACUUCUGCACCUUCCUCACACAGUUCAAGUGGUAGCAGCAGCAGCAGUAGUGUUACACAGUCAUCCACAGCAGCAAGUAGUCGGAAGGCUUCACUCUCCAAUAAACAACGUGACAAGCUGGAGGAUAUGUUGAGGGAUUUAAUGCCAGAAAGGGCCAAGAUUGCUAGGUGUAUGGUGUUCUGUGUUAAUCAUGCUGACUGUGCUGAGGAGGUUGUUGAAUGCAUUGCUGAGUCACUUUCAAUCUUGGAAACACCGUUACAGGUCAAGGUUGCACGGUUGUACCUGGUGUCAGACAUUCUGCAUAAUUGCUCUGUUAAAGUACCAAAUGUGUCAUACUACAGGAAAGGGUUUCAGACAAUGCUCCCAGAGAUAUUUGGUAACCUUAGUGCUUCUUUCAAAGCUAUAAAUGCUCGCAUGAAAGCUGAGACUUUCAGGAAACAAGUUCUUCGCUGUGUUGCAGCAUGGAUGGACUGGGCUGUCUACACCCCAGAUUUCUUGUAUGAUCUCCAAAAUAUAUUUCUGGGUCAAGGUGAAAAAUCUAAUCAAUCAGAGGUUGCGGAUCAACCCCUCAAGUCUCUCUAUCCACUAGACGGAAGCUUUGGUAGCACUAAGGAUGAUUUAGAUGGGGCGCCGCUAGACGUUGAUGGUGUCCCUAUAAAGUCAAAGGACAUGGACGGCGUUCCCUUGAAACAGAUUGACAUUGAUGGGGUUCCAUUGUCUGGAGAUGAUAUUGAUGGAAUGCCAAUGGACAAUAAAAAGACCCCAGACAAGUCACGUGAUAAAGAUGUUCCUCACGUUGCGUCAAAAUGGGAUCAGCCUGACUGGGAGAGAAUUGAGGAGCGUGAGCCUUCACCAAAACCUCCUGUCAAAGAAGAUUCUCCGAACAGACCCGAAGAACAGCCGAGUGCUUCCGUAGAAACCCCGCGAACCAUGGAAAUCGACGAAAGCAGACGGAGAAAGCUUCGAGAAAUCGAACUGAAAGUUGCAGAAUACGCUCAGAAACUGGAAGCAAAAGGCGCGAGCAACCUAGCUCAGCAGUGCGAUGUGUACAGGGCCAAGUUACUUGAGGCAAUUGAACCGAAAGAAUCGAAGGAGAAAAAGAAAAAGGGAAGCAGCCAUACUAACUCCCCAUCGGAGUCUCGCCGAAAGAAGUCUCGCAGUCGUUCCAAGUCCCCAUCGUCCAAGAAGCGAGGUCGUCGGUCCCAGUCCUCUGAAAGUCGCUCUCCUUCGAGAUCUCCCGCGCGGAGCAGGUCACGAUCGCCAUUGACAACAUCACUGCAGUCUUUAAAGCACUACGAGUCGCGCACACCUUCGCCUUCCAAUUCAAGACGGUCACGAUCCCGCAGCCGGAGUUCAUCCCGCGGGCGCGGAAGGUCUCGGUCCCGAAGUCGUUCUCCUGUUGGAAAACAGAGGCGUAAACGGUCCAGAUCACGGAGUGGAACACCCGCCAAGAAAAGUUCGUCACGAAAGAAGCGAUCGAGAUCCCGAUCAAGAUCGCCGUCCAGGAAAAAGAGUAAAAAGAAGAAGAAGUGAAUCAUAUGAGUAGCAAUAAGAAUAAAAGUCGCACAUUGAAAAGACACUCGAAAAUAGACGCAGUAAUAUUAGUUGCAAGAUACUUUUGAUCUUUGCUGUAAAAUAUUGAAAGUGAACUCCAUUAUAACAAUACUAUCAGCCCGGCUUCUCUCUCACGCCGUCACGUUGGUGAUUACCAGCGUUACACAACGUCAAAGGGACUGAUAACUGCAGUGACAAGUUUUGCCUUUUCUUCGAAGUGUUUUAUAACUCCAGUCCAUCGUAUUGAUACAGUGAGCCGUGUCUUGGUUUUCCUUUGCUUGAGGACUACUGAAUAAAAACGUCACUCUCAAAGACA